CCUUUCAGUUCCUUCCCCAUUCCGUCUGCCGCCGUCCUCAUCGUCAUGCGAGGACAAGCUCCCUUUCUCUUUCUCUCUCUAUCUGUCUCUAUAUCUCAUCCCCUUCUUACGCGCUCCCUCCUUAUCUUAUUCCCCUACGCUUUCUUCACGUACUACUCUUUCCUCUCACACUGCUUUUAUUUGCGCUCUUGUUGUAGACGCGUCAAAGGAGCGUUGUUGCGUAGUUGCGUAGUUGCGUAGUUUUCUCGUUUCGUAGUUUCGUAGUUUCGUCUUCAUGCGGUCAAGUCC